GGCGGCGACAUGGCGGCCUCCCUGGGGCGUGCGGCGGCCGGGCUUCUUACCAGGCUGCAGACUUCAGCUCCAACAGUACGAACUUUAUUAUUAUCAAAUUCUUUUUCUCAAAACAUUCCAAGCUGUUUGUGGAAAUUGGGCCGACUUAAUCAUGUAGCAAUUGCAGUACCUGAUCUGGAGAAAGCUCAGUCCUUGUAUAAAGAUGUGCUAGGAGCACGUGUGAGUGAGACUGUUGCUCUUCCUGAACAUGGUGUCUACACUGUUUUUGUGGAGCUGGGAAAUACAAAGCUGGAACUUCUACACCCUUUAGGAGAGAAAAGUCCCAUUGCAAGCUUUCUGCAAAAGAAUAAGACUGGAGGAAUGCAUCAUAUCUGCAUUGAGGUUGAUGACAUAAAAGCGGCAAUGGCAGAACUGAAGAAAAAAAAGAUUCGAAUAUUGAGUGAAGAGCCAAAAAUAGGUGCACAUGGUAAACCUGUGAUUUUUCUUCACCCUAAAGAUUGCCAUGGAGUCCUUGUGGAACUUGAGCAAGCCUGAGCUGCAAUAUUCAUAAAUAAGACAAUAAAUGAGUUGUGAAGUUACUGA